CCCUCGCUGCAGUCACCCUUCUGUCGUGGCCACUUGCUAAGAAUGGCCGUGUAACGUUUUCGAGGCCGGUCCACCCCGAGACGGCUCCCGCUGAUCCUGGCCUCGCCGGGGCAGCCGCCGGGAACCCAUCUCGGACUUGGUGUAAACUGAGCAGUUCGCGUCGCGAAUGCGGCAGAGGCCCGCCUGUGAAAGAAUUCGCUUUAGUUCCCUCUUCACCCUGCCCUCGUCCCCGCGUCAUCGGCUGGCCGAGAUCCGGGAACGCGCUCUCAAGAACAUUCUCUGCAAGGUUGAGCACAACUUGGUCUGUUGCGAUGAUCUAGUUCGGGAGAGGCUACUUUUUCUCCAUUUGCUGGAAUGGUUCAAUUUCCCGUCUGUUCCAAUGAAAGAAGAGGUUCUCAGCCUUUUGAACAGAUUGGUUAAGUAUUCCCCAGCAGUCCAGCAUUUGGUUGAUCUUGGUGCAGUCGAAUUCUUAUCUAAACUUCGUUCUAAUGUGGAGCCGAAUCUGCAGGCUGAAAUUGAUGGCAUUCUGGAUGGACUUUUUAUUCUUCCUUCAGAAGAUGCUGCGCUAUAUUCUGCAUCUUACCAAACCAAACAAACUGAAUUGCCACAACAACCUGAAAUUUUAAUAGGAUAUUUUCCUCAAGACAAAAGUAAUUUCCAGCAGAUGGAAGUGUCUCCACGACCAAUGGUAAAUCAGACUGUGAAGUGUUUGAAGUUUUCUACAUUUCCUUGGCUACCUCUGACUACAACGGAUAGACAUGUUCUCUCCUCUAAUGAAAGCUCUUUAAGAAGUAGUAACCACACUUUAAUUUGGAACACCUGUGAACUAUUGAAGGAUGUAAUCAUGCAAGAUUUUCCUGCUGAAAUUUUCCUUCAAAGGCCAAAAAUUGUUCAGAGCCUUUUAUCUCUGUUGAAACUGGCCUUCGGAGGAGACGGAAAACAUCGCCUGGCUUUACAGUCAGUGUCUUGCUUGCAGCAGCUGUGCACAUCCUUAAGAAACAGACUUAACUUUCACCGAGAUCCGGGUUUUUUCUCUAGUAAACAAGAUACAGUUUCCCAAAAUUCUUCUUUGUCUUACUGUCAUGAAGUUAGAGUUACUCAUCAUUCCCAGAAUCCUUCUCCGGGAAGCAGUAGCCCCCGGCCUUCUGUGGUUGGACGCACAGGCCAGCGACCCAGAGGAGAUGGCCAGGAUUGGGACGCCGUGUCUUCCAGUGGAAGUAGUAGUCAUGCUCCUGUGAACUCUCGGAUAUCUGUGCAUUCGCCUUUGGAUGUGGUUCACGUAGAUCUGCCAGAGCUAGAGACUGAAGACACUCUGGAACUACAAUUCCAGCAGCUCAGUCUUCCCCAGUUCUGUGUCUCUAUUCUGGAAUCAGCAGUUCCUCUCUUAAGAACAGGUAGUAGACAAAUGAUAAUAAGAGUUCUGGAAUUGCUUGCAGAGGAUAUGAUACUUAUUGGUGAAGCAAUUUCAGAAGAUAUCUGGGAUGACAGCAGUCUUUUUGCUAUAGAUAUGACACGAUUCCACCUUUUGGCUGUUGUGAAUACUGUUUCUGUGAACAAUGAUGUACAAAAAGAGAAACUCCUCGUGGUGUUGGGGUCCCUGGGAGAUACCAUGUGCUACCAUAAAAGCGGAGUGAGCAUGGACCAACCCCAGGUCAUGCUUGUCCACCACCGGAUGGCCUUUGUCAGCAUCUCACUGUUUGCAGUCCGAGUACUGCAGUUGCUUCUCCCUGUUGAGAAGGCAAGCCACCUUUUACCGGAGUCUAUGUCAGCAGCAUUAUUUCUAGUUUCUUUGGACAUGCCUAUUUCUUUGGAAUAUCCAAAUAUUCACGAAGCUGUUGUGGCAUAUUUGGAACAGCUGAAUUCUGAAAACUACAGUAUUUAUAAACGAACUGCAGAGGCUGUUUAUUCAAUUGAAUGUACCUGUAACUUCCUGUCUGAUGUUGGGAAGGAGGGAGAGAAGAAUCUCUUAGAAUUAGUGGAGCUGGCAGACCAAGCCUUGCGAAGCUUUUCCUAUCAUCAGCAUUUCCCCCUAAUAAAGGAAAUCAUCUGCAUGUGUUCAAAGAUUUGGAAAUCUGCACAGGCCAGUCCAUUACUUCAAGGAGAAAGUCAGAAGGUGUUUCUACGCAUGUUAUCUCACCCAUUACUGGAAGUGAAAGUUGAAACUUACAAUUGCUGUCUGGAAAUUAUUAAGGAAUGCUUAGGUGUCCAUAAUGUCACUAAACCUGUGUCUUCACUUUGUAAUGGAAUUCAUUUUCUACUUCACCCGAAAGUUUUGUAUGAAAUCUCUGCAUUUGGCAUUCAAGAGCCCAAAAAUGAGGUGAAUGCUGCUGCCAAGGCCAUCCUGCUGUAUCUGCUGCAGGGACGAUUGAUGAUGACAGCGGUGACCUGGAACAAGUUUAUUGAGUCUCUCUGUCCUGUCAUUCCAGUGCUGCAGGGCUAUGCUGACACAGAAGAUCCUUUGGGUAACUCCAUUCUCCUCCUGAGCAAAGAGAGUCCUGAGGCAGGCGAAGGGGCUCUCCCUUGUACCACCCGACUGAAGUCCAUGCUGCGGCUCCUGCUCGUCAGAAAGCCGUCGGUCCGUUCACUAGCAUUAAAGCUUUUAGCGUGUCAUCUCACAAGGGAAGAAGGGGCUGACAGGAAGCGCCCUUCAAUAGAUGCCAGAGUUAUCUCCAGAGUUACUAAUUUAUUUAUCGUGAAAAAACCUAUUGAACUCAAAUUGGAUGACAGAAGAGAACUGAUUAUUAAGUUGGAGACUGUUGAAAAGGUAUAUGAAAUCUUUACCUCAGAUGAUAUCGAUCUUGUUUUGAGAAAGUCAGCUGCAGAACAGUUAGCUGUGAUUAUGCAAGAUAUUAAAAUGCAUGCUGUGGUGAAAAAGUUACACUUAAUUGACAAGAUAAUUGAGUAUUUAAAUGAAUGUGUAGGUCAGGAUGGUGAGGUCAUAGAAUGUUUGAUUCAGCCAUGCCUCACGCUCUUGAGGAAAGUUCUGUGUGCCGACCCGGUCAUGCGCGUGGCCCUCUCACAGCAGUCUUCUCUUUUGACCCUGUUAUUCAGAGUUUCGUUGAUAUUUCAUGAAAAUUGUGCUGUUGUGACUGAAGUCGGAGCAUUAUUUUGUCUUCUGUUAUUUGAUGAAGUAUCAAGAAUGGAUAUGUGGUCUGUUAAUCCUUCCAAUAAACCUGCACCUUCGGUCUUCAGUUUGCCUGUCUCAGUUUUUAGAAGGUAUCAUCUACCAGCGCGUGUAGUUGGCCACCAUGCUGUGAGUCCCUACUCCAUAGUUUUGCCAUUUCCUGCUGAUUGUUUGGCCUUGAAGCCGGUCUCAGACAUGCUGAGAGUAGCUUGGAACUUGUCCUGGUAUCACGGGAGUGAUAACCUGCUGAAGCAGAUGCAUUCGGAACCUGAAAUGCAAGAAUUUUCAGAUGCAUUGAAGUUACACACAGAGGACACCCUUGCUCUGCAGGUGACACACACAGCUCGUGCACUGAGGGACUGUCUUCGUUCCAUCGUCGAGGCUGCAGCUCACAGGGAAGUGAGGGCUGCUUUCACAAGCAUGAGUUUUUAUCUUCUGAAUGACAGGCUGUCUUUAAAGGGUGGUGCUGGCCCAUGUGGGGUGACCUUGAAGUGUUUGUCUUGGCACACCACACUGAACAGGUUUUUACAGGUACUUCCUGCUUGCACUGAGGAUGAGAAACUGCUAAUCGAUAUCAUACAUUUUUUAAAUAAGUUAUUGAAGGAACAAAGAAAAAACUCAUCAGUAGAACUUCUAAACUGGCUUCUAGAGUUACUUCUUAGACAUAGUCCAAAUCCAUUAUUAGACCUGCUGGUUCUGACGGAGUCACAGGCAGGAGAGGAAGCGGAUGACAUCCGGACUGCUGUCAGGCAACAGCUCCAGAAAGAACUGAUUGCUCUUUUCAGUACCUUGCUUCUCAGUGUCAUGGCAGUUACUGACAGGAAGUGCUUGGAACUUCUUUAUGUUUUCCAAACGCAGCUGGCUCUGAAACUGCUCCAGUGCCUGAGAGUCACGGAUGCUCCUCACUUCUAUGGCCUGCCAUCCCUCGAGAGGACCUUACGAGGAAUGGCUCAUCUCACAGCAUCUCCAGGAUGGAGCUCACAUUCUCCUCUCACAAAGCCACUUGAAAUUUGUGUUAAGUACUUGUCAGGUCUCCUUGAAGUCAUUACUUCUUUUUAUGUGGAGCGUGGAGGAAAUGCUAUGUCCUUUAUGGGAAAAGGCGUCACAAAGAGCACAGUUCUUUGCUUGCUUCACUUAUCCCACGAGAUGAUGAUCCAGGCCCAGAGCUCGGAGUGGAUGUCACUUUGGUUCUUGCCUUUGGGUACUCACAGUGAAGAGCAUGCUCGUACUCAACAAGGACUGGCUUGGUUGAUUCCAUUAUGGGUUGAUCGAGACCCAGAGGUGAGGUUUACUUCGCUGGGAUUAGGAUCAGCACUGACCACCCUUGAAACUGGUUGUAUGGCAUUGUCAAACAGUUGUCAAAACAUUUCUGGUGGGCUCUGGGGAACGGUGGUGAACAUUCUUCUGGACCAGUCGGAAUGUAGUAUGGUGCGCCGGGAGGCUGCAUUUAUUCUUCAGAAUCUCCUUGUAAUUCCAAUGCCUUCAGUAAUUAUAAAGGAUUAUACCUGGCAGGGCCCCUGUGUCCACGAUGAGGAUUCUGGCCUAUCGCUCACGGGAAAACCUGCCCUUCAGGCUCUUUUAUAUCACUGCCAUUUUUAUGAACAUCUGAAUCAGAUGGUAAAACACUGUUACCUGGGACGGUAUACAUUUGAUUUGAAUUUUUCUGCUCUUGAUGGAACUUCAGAAGGCAGCGAUUUAAAUGGUUUAGAUGACUCAUUCAAGUUUUGGAGGGCUCCAUCUAGGAUGUCCAAUCAAGAUCAAGAUUCAAGUUCUCUCUCCACCUUGGAAACAAUGGUGGCACCUUCGUCGGGGAGUGCUGAAUUUCUACCACUUGGGCCCUCAGCAGUGUCUCUCCCUGAAGCCUCACACGACCAGUUGGUGGCUCAAGUAAUGGGUCAGCAUGAAACUACAUCAGCACAGCUUCCUCGUGGCGCAUCCCUUCCUGCCCCUCUGCCCAGGCAGUGUGUGGUCACUCCACCUCUCCUGUCAGCCGUGUGCGGCCUGCUGGACGGCCUCUUGGCGUUCGCUCCCGGAGACACUGCCCGUGCUUUCCGGCAAGCCCGGCUCGUAGAGCUUCUCUGCAGUAUUGCAGAUGCCACCCUCCUAGAGAGCUGUGUCCAGGAGCUGAAGGCUCCACUGCCUUUGUCACCUCCAGUUGAACACACUCAGGCUCAGGUAUCCUUUCUCCUAGAAUACCUGUCAUCUUUGUCCAGGCUUCUGCAGUCAUGUUUAUUGGUAGAUCCCGACCUUGUGAUUCAGGAUGAGCUUCUGAAACCUCUUAUCACAAACAUCAUUGGGGUCCUCACCAUAUGCACCAAAGAUGUCUUAGAUGUAGAGUUGAUGUCGGCUUUUUAUCACACGUGGACACAUUUAUUUAACCUUCUGGCUACACUCCUGAGGAAAGCUGCUAUUGCCUCUCUCCCGUCUGUGACAGCAGGUCUGGCCAAGCACUGGACGGCGGUGAUCGAUAUGUUGUGCACAUGUGUGGGUUUGUCUACCACAUGCCCUGCGUUAUCUACCGCCAGCCUGCAAUUCCUUUCUGUUCUCUUGACUGAGGAAGCAAAAAGGCAUCUCCAAGAUCAGGAUAAAGCAAAUGUAUGCCACCGUCCAUCAAUGGCUUCACUUCUUGAUAAAACUCAGGAAAAUCAGAAAUCUCUAGAACGACUUAAUGAAGUAAUUCUUCAGUGCUAUGAAGGAAAAUCCUCCAAGGAUGUCCUGAAAAGAGUUGCUGCAAAUGCAUUGAUGUCACUUCUGGCUGUCAGUAGAAGGGCUCAGAAACAUGCUUUGAAAGCUGAUCUAAUAGACAGCUGCAUGGAGCAGAUGAAGCACAUUAAUGCACAACUGAACCUAGAUUCUCUCAGGCCUGGGAAAGCAGCCCUAAAGAAACAGGAGGACGGUUUUAUUAAAGAGUUAAGCAUUACUAUGCAGCUUCUAAGAAACUGUCUUUAUCAAAAUGAAGAAUGUAAAGAAGCAGCCCUUGAAGCUCAGCUUGUUCCUGUCUUGUACUCUCUCUGGCCUUGGCUUUUGAUGGAUGAUUCACUGAUGCAAAUUGCCCUGCAGCUACUUUGUGUCUAUACUGCAAAUUUUCCAAAUGGUUGCAGUUCUCUUUGUUGGUCAAGUUGUGGACAGUAUCCGGUUCAAGCUGCAUAUAGAGGGGCCCCUGCCACAUCUCUGAUGGGGUGUAUCCUGAAGUUGGCUUCCCAGAUGCCUCUUGAGAACACUGCCGUUCAGCAGAUGGUUUUUAUGUUUCUUUCAAAUCUGGCCUUAUCUCAUGACUGUAAAGGAAUAAUUCAGAAAAGUAACUUCUUACAGAACUUUUUAUCUCUAACGUUGCCAAAAGGAGGAAGUAAGCAUCUCAGUAAUCUGACCAUUCUUUGGUUGAAGUUACUCCUGAAUAUAUCAUUUGGAGAAGACGGGCAACAAAUGAUCCUGAGGCUAGAUGGCUGUUUAGACUUACUUACAGAAAUGAGCAAAUACAAGCAUAAGAGCAGCCCUUAUAUACCACUUCUUAUCUUUCACAACAUCUGCUUCAGUCCUGCCAAUAAGCCCAAGAUCCUGGCUAAUGAAAAAGUCAUUGGUGUGCUAGCUGCCUGUCUGGAAAGCGAGAGUCAAAAUGCUCAGAGGAUUGGAGCAGCUGCGCUUUGGGCUCUGAUUCACAAUUAUCAAAAGGCAAAAACAACUUUGAAAAAUCCAUCAAUAAAAAGAAGAGUGGAUGAAGCAUAUUCCUUAGCAAAGAAAACUUUCUCAAACUCAGAAGAAACUCCUCUAAAUGCCUAUUACUUAAAAUGUCUUGAAAACCUUGUUCAGCUUCUAAACUCUUCCUGAGCCAUGUGAGAUUCUCCUCCCUGAAACUGAUGGCCGCCAGACAGGUGAGCCAACCUUGAAGCAAGCUCUGUGUGGCAGCUGUUACCUGGAGACAUGCUAAGUCUCUGCAAGGUGUGUGCCCUUCCUGCCUGAUAGAAAUAAAACUGGGACAUCUCAGCUCUGUCCCUCCGUACCAGCUCUCUCUGAGUAAGAGCAGCUGACAAGAAGAUGAUGGACAAAAGGCAUAGAAAGUUUUGGGAACAUAAACAUUUUUACCUUUUUCUAUGCAAUUUGCUUUGUAAAAAUCAUAUUUAACAGUUAUUUAAUAAAAUAUUUUCAGAAACUGAAAAUCGACUAAUAAUUGCUACUUGCAGACUUUUAUCAGUCUCAUAAGUAUAAAUUUUAGUAAUUGGAAGAAGACAGGGUUUUCUGAUUCCUUUUUUUUUCCUUGAUUUUUUACAUGGAAUUUGGCUCUUGUCAGUACAAAUCCUUAUUUCUCAAACCUUUAUAUUGCCCCGAGCAUACAUGUUGGUGAGGAGAUAUUUUGUAUAUAAAUGUCUAUAAUUUUGUCAGUGCUUCUUUAUGCAAUUUUUAAUGAUAUUAACUGAUUUCCAUAUGAUUUGUAAACCUGUUAUGUUUUAUUAUUUUCGCCUUUCAACUUCUAAAAUACUGUGUAAUAAAGAAGGAAGAAAUGAGUUUACGAUCAGGUAGGCCUGGGUUCAAAUUCUAGCUCAGCCCAAAACAUCACGAAGAAUAAGACUUAAAAAAAAUCUAGAAGGAGAAGUUCUGUCAAGUAUUCAUGAUGUAAUAACACUUAAUGACAUUAGUUUUGAACUGAGAACUUAUAGCAAUAUCAUUCAAGUACUGAUCAAGUACAGCAGUUAUCCUAGCACUUUUGAAAGAAAGAAAAUUGUGUCUAAAAAAAACACAUCACUAUACACACUCAUUAUUUACACAUACACAGCUGUACACACUCAUUUAGGGAAAAAUUUUCUACAUGAAUUAUAGUUAACAAAAAAAUAACAUUUUUAAAAUGCUUUAGCAAAUGCUAUCAUCACUAAAACAAGCUGGGUGAUUUUAUUUAAGCUAGAAGCAUGAGGACAGAAUAAAUGUUAAAUAUUGAAAUAGAAGCAGAUAAAUUUGUGGUGUCUGAAAAUUAUUGAUUAGAGAUCUUAACAAUAGAUCGAGGAAGUUCAGAAGUUCCUGGGCCACCUAAGCUAAUUCAAAUAAAUAGACAUGUUGAUACUCUGAAAAAUUCACCAAUUCUGAGAGCAGGAAUCAGGAAUUAUUUCUACCUUUUCUCCUGGUUUCUUAUAUUCUGUGCCAUUUUCUUGGUAUUACCUUAUAAGUUCUCACUGAUGAAUAAUGGCAUGGAUUUCUUUGUAACUUCCAUUUAAAUAGCUCUUUCUAUGUCACAGGCACUAUUCUCAGAAUGUUUAUUAUUUAGUCUGUGGCUGCCUGUCUGUCUGUGCUGUGCUGCCUCUUUUUUUUUUUUUUUUCUCAUUGGAAUUCCUGUCUUGUAUUUGCAUCUUAUAGAUAACUACCAUUUUUUUCUACAAAAUGAGAUCUCUCCAGGGAAGUGAUCCUUUCCUUUAUGGUUCAUUGAUUAAUUGGCAUAUCAGGGUAUCCUUUGCCUCCUAUCUUUGAAAUCAGGAGGAGUUGUAACUGAUUAUUUUCCCUAGCAGUUCCAGGUAGUACUAUGGGGGGUUUGUAGCACAGUAGCUUGAACCACUCGGGGAUGUGACCUGCUGACGCCCAGGAGAGGACGGCCACCCUUGGAAGCAGAGCUAACGGCUUCAGGGGAAGUUGCAUUAUCUCCUGUUGGUGUCCAGGGACUCGAGCCUCAGAGACAUAUAGUGUUCCUGGUCCUGGAUGGCAGCCCUUCCCAUCUGCGUCUCUUCAGAUUCUGUCCAGCCAACUGGGGGGACACUGGUAAGCAGACGAUUCCUGAGGUCACCAGCGCACAAUUUCAGCAGCUGCUGUGAUGCUAACUUGGGGACCCAUCAGCAUCAGAGUCCCCUAGGAUAUUUGUUGAAAUGCAGAUUCCUGGACCCACUGAAAUGGAGUCUUAGGCCUGUGUUUGGGAGAAUUGUCAGUGAGCUCCCCAGGUGACUUUUACUUUCUCCACAAUUUGAGAACCAAUAAUUACUCCCCCUGAUUUUACAGAAGACUGUGUAAACAUGAAAAUGAUUUAACAUUACUCAACUACUUACUGAUGACAUCUGACUUGAAUCUGGGUGUCUUGAGUGCUAGUCAAGUGCUUUUUCUAUCGCACAUCCCUAGUGUAAGCAGAGAUUCAGAAAAUAGGUGUAGGGGACCAGUUCAUGCCUCAUGGUCUCCAAACUUCUGAUCCCCUGGCCUUUUUGGUUGGUUGGGUUGGUAUUGCCUGUGUGCCAUAAAUGCACACACAGCUGGCUCCUUUUUUUUUUUUUUAAAGAUUUUAUUUAUUUAUUU